CCUGUCAUUCCGGCCUCAGUCCCUCCUCUCCUCGGUUACUUAUUAUCGCGGCUCUUUCCCUCCACAGUCAUUUCACCGCGAGGCAGGACUAAAGCUCUACGUCUAAUAUGAGACACGUUUAAAUUGGGAUUACUCCGGAAUAACCACAUUUACUCAACAAAAAGGAUAUUUCCAGGAUGCGCGCGUGAGCUGUUUACAGAGGAUCUAUUUGAGACUUUGGAUCAGUCCCAUAGAAAGAAAAGAGAGCACUAUGUCAUCCACAGAGGAGCCUUCUGGCACAGUCCUGCACAGACUCAUCCAGGAGCAGCUCCGAUACGGAAACCCCACAGACACACGCACCUUAUUAGCCAUCCAGCAGCAGGCCCUGCGUGGAGGCAGCGGCAGUGCACCGAGCAGCGGAGGGGACAUGAGCCGAAGCCCCCGCUCCUCUUUGGAGAGUCUGACCCUAGAGGAGCCGUCAUCCCCUCAGCUAUCAGCCCGACAAGAGCCUCAAGGCCAGGAGCAUCAGGGGGACUACCAGCACUCAGAGAGCAACUUCCAGCUUUUCCAGCUCCAUGGUGAACCGCUGCCGACAUAUGACCAGGCAAAGGUCCACUCUCAGUACCUGGCCUCACACUGGGACCCCACAGGUCCUGUCCCGCAGCUCCAUGAGGGGGCCUUCCACGCAGAGGCAGACCACAUGGACCUAAAGUGCAGCCACGCUCGAUCUCUGAGCGAGCAGCGUAUGCAGAUGUCUCUUGAGAGGAUUGAGACGGCCAAAGCAGAAGCACUCAAAAGCACUUCUCACAGUUACCCGGAGCUGCCUUACUACAGCCCCCCAGGCCAAGACAAACGCUGCCCUCCUCCAGAGUACUCAAGUCCCAUUCAGGGCCAAGGAUUUAUCCCUCACCAGUUCCAAGAGCCAGUGCAAAGGUUUGAGCAGCCAGGUGAGGUCCCCAGCUACAGCUCAUUACACAGCCUGCCACCUGCUGGUCUGGAGGAACCCAACCAAGUGGAGCUGUUGCUGAUGGAGAACGAGAGGCUGAGGCAGGAGCUAGAAGUCCACAGAGAGAAAGGAGGGCGUAUUCAAAAGUUGGAGCAGGAGAUCCAGCGCAUUUCUGAGGCCUAUGAAACCCUAAUGAAGGGCAGCACAAAGAGGGAGACUCUGGAGCAGACGUUGAGAAGGAGGCUGGUGGCUGAGGUCAGAAGGCUUCAGGAUUUUAACAGAGACCUAAGAGAAAAUUUGGAAAACGCCAGAUCGCACGUCGCAAAAGAAGCACAGGCCGCAGACCACAACCAGCACAUCAUGGCUAAACUCCUUGAACAAAAUGAAGAGCAGAACAGCGAACGUGAGCGCAUGGAUCGAGAGGUACAGCGUCUGAGGGCGACGGCGGAGGAGCAGACCCUGAAGGCGAAGCGGUUGGAGGACGCUCUGGAGGCCGCGCUGGGCCGUGGACGACAGCUGGAGGAGGAGCUCAGACGGAAGCGGGCGUACGUGGAGAAAGUGGAGAGGCUGCAGAGCGCGUUGGCACAGCUGCAGUCCACCUGUGAGAAACGGGAGAGCCUCGAGAUGAAGCUGAGGACGAGGCUGGAGCAGGAGCUGCGCACCUUGAGGGCACAGCAGAGGCAGACCCAGCCCCCAGGAACAACCAUGAGCUCUCUCCAAGAACGACUUCAGGAAAAGGAGGAGCGGAUCCUAGCCCUGGAGGCCGACAUGGUGCGCUGGGAGCAGAAGUAUCUAGAGGAGAGCACGAUGAGGCAGUUUGCUAUGGAGGUGGCUGCUACUGCUGCCGCUCAGAGGGACACAACCAUCAUUAACCACUCACCUUGCCACUCCUCCAACAAUAGUUUUAAUGAGGACCUACCGCCUGCAGACUACAGAAAUCAAGAGAUGGAAAACAGGAUUCGUGCUCUUUAUGCCCAAAUUUUGGAAAAGGACGCUGUAAUAAAAAUCCUCAACCAGCGCUUACACCAGGACCAAGGGAAACGGGAAGACUGUCCCACAAAGCUCUACAUUAGCACAGGAGCAGCUCUGCGACCAGCCUCCUCCACUCCUGUGAUCAGCGUUGGCACCAGCAGCACUAAGAGCAGAGGGAAGAGUCUUUCAGAUGAUCAGACGUUGCCAAAUAGACAAUUCUCUGCACAAUCUGAACCGGGGACUUUGGAGCGACCUGUGACAGGAACUAAAGCCAAACUGGCUUCAAGUCUAACAAAGCUUAACACUGAGAAGGUGCCUAAAAAGUUUCUACUAAACCCAUUCAAAGGCUUGGAUGAAUUGGAGACAGAAGCUGUGGAAAUCUUUAUUUAAAUCAUCUGGAAAUGGACAUUGAGCAAGUGUCUGUGAAUGACAAAAGAAAGUUUGAAAAAGGACACAAGUCUCUGGGCCAGGGCUGUGCUCUGUCUCACCUUUGACCUCUCUCCUGGCUCAGCAGCUGCUGGCGGUCUGUGCAGCUACAGAGAGGAGACACAUCUGAGGUACUUGGACAGUAUUGUGGAGUGUUAUAGGACAACAUGUUUUCUCAGAGUGAAUGCCAAAAUAUUUAUAUUCUCUACAGUAUAUAUGUGAAAAGUUGCUGCUUUCCCCAUCCUUAAAUAUUAUUUCCCAACUGAAAAAGCUAGAUAUUUAUUGUGGUUUCUACAUUUUCUAAAAUAUAUAAUUUAUGUGGAGCAUAGACUUGCAUUCCCCUCUUUGUCAAGUUCUAAUUCUCUGUCACCAUCUCAGAUCUGGAAUCUAUUCCCAUGAUUGAUAACGUGAUAACACUUAUUUUAUUUGCUCCUGCAGUUUGUCAUAUUCCUUCAGCCUCUGUAGCAGGUUCUACAGAGGUUUAUGGCUCUGUGACCAGAAGGUGCCUAUUAUAUUAAACAAAAGUACUUGUUGACAAAAUGUUUGCAUGUUUGAUAGUGUGAGAGUAACAUGGCGCUCUGCAGGUCGGAGCGCCACUGGAGGAGGAAAACUACUCUGUGUUUACUGUGAGCUUCUAAACUAACAGGUUAAGUUUAUUAAUAUAUUGUUAUAUAUGUAUUUUUACAGAUAUUUGUAUUAUUUUAGAUAUUGCAUUGAGCAAAAUGCCAAAGAGUUAUGUUCUGACAAUCACGGUCUUGUCUACCUGUACACAAGUGUUAACUCCAUGUGACAUUUCUGUGAACUUCAAAACAAUAUGAAGGUUUUUACAGUUGAAUGCAACAUUUCAUAAACAAUAAAAUGUUAAAAUAUA